AUGCUGCUCCAACCGGCGUCAGCCGGAGGCAAUUUUGAAUACGUGGCCAUUCCUAGGCAGGGGAUGCUCUACCUUUCCGCGGCCUUGGCCCAGUGGGAAGGUCCCUUUGUUUACGAUCGGGAGAUUUGGUUUGAGGACCGUUCCGGCCUGAUGGAUCCUGAAAAGGAUCUGGAAGGCGUCGACAUCCUCAUGCUUACAGCCUUGAUCAAUGAGGCCCCGCGGGCUUACCAGGUGGCGCGACAGGCCAAGGAAUUCCAUCCCGACCUCAUCACCAUUGGCGGCGGCCCACAGAUGAGCCCGUUGCCCGAGGAAGCUUUCGACUAUGGUAAUUUCGAUGUCAUAGUUCAGCGCGAGGGCGAGGAUAUAAUCGGCCAGCUGUGCGAUGUCCUCCUCGAACAUCGCGGGCCCGGUCGAAACCAGUACCUGUCUAAAGUUCCCGGCAUCAGCUAUCGGGAAGAAGGGAAGGUGGCUUAUACGAAGAGGGUGGGUCUGGUAAGUCCCGACUUCGUUGAGCUCCCCGACUUCCGCUCCAUCAAGGAUCUCUCGCCCGAAAACCCGAUGGCCGGCGGCGUGAUGGAAAGCAUCCGGGGUUGCACUGAAAAGUGCACUUAUUGCCAGGUCAUCCAGCAGUUCCUGGGCUACCGCCUGGUAUCUCGGGAAACCGAAUUCAAGCGGCUGGAGCAACUGCACGAACUGGCAGCCGACGGGUUGAUUCACACUUCCCGCAACGGUUCGUUCCAGGUUUUCAUUUCCGAUGACUUGCACACUCCACCCCUCCGCGCCGUCAAGUUCCGGAACGAGCGGCUGGAACGGCUCCAGGGCUGGAGGGGUCGAACUGACGACAUGAACCUGAUUAUCCAGGCCCGCGCCGAGAUCGGCCAGGACCCUGAGUUGGCCAACGCCCUCCAGGAAGCCAACGUCAAGAUGCUCUAUCUGGGCGUCGAGUCGGACAACGCCGAGAACCUGAAAGCGGUCAACAAGCGGCAGGAACCCGGUCAGAUGCAUCGGGACCUGAAAUACAUCAAUGAGCAGGGCUUCACUGUGGUCGCUAUGACCAUAAUCGGCCUGCCCUACGACACCGAGCAGAGCGUCAUGGAGCUGGCCGACUGGGUCACGACGGUUAGCCGCUACCAAACCGCCAACUUCUUGACCCCGCUGCCGGCCACGUCAAACUGGACCGACCUCAAGCCCCUGAAUGAAAACGGGGAGCUGCUGCAGGAAGGCGAAAUGCGCCCCUACCAGCUCUACACGGGCCGCCAGUUCGUUCACCACGAUGAGCGCUGGUCAAUGCAGGAGAGCCGCGAAAUCUUCGACAAGUACACUUCAAAAUUGCAAGAAGUGGACGACGUCUACCGCCGCGUGUUCCGAAUUCUGCGCACAUACAAGCUCCGUCUGGCAGCCACCAGCAGCGACCUGAGCAACACCCUGACGGCACGCCUCGGCGAGGCCACGGAAACCCUCCAUGACCUGUCCGACCCGGUGAUUCUCUCUGGCCGGGAAUUCGGCGAGAACAUUUCCGGACGGGUGGGAGAGUUGGUGGAAACUCUGCGAUCAGUAUCCCAGCCCCUGUCGAACGUCCGCCGCGACGCCGCCGACAGCAUCGGCUCAAAGCUCAAUGAGCUGACUGACUCCUUGAAGACGCUGACCGACCCCAGCGUGGCCAGCGGGAAAGAAGUCGCAGCUAAUAUUUCCCGGCGCAUCACCGAAGUUACCGACGCCAUCGACGCUGCCCUUUCAGAGCAGCGCAGCGGAGGUAACAAAACGGCUGACCAGAGCUGA